CAAUAGAUUUGUCAAGAUAAUAAGUCUUCAGUUUCAAAUACAUCAAUAUUCUUAAAUUGAGAAUCACAUCGAGAAAAUAUAAUAAAUAAUUGGUUGAAGACACUUUUUCGUAAAAAAAAAAGUGAAUAGGAACCCCCUUUUUAUUGAGAUUCAUUGUGGUUCUCAAAUUAAGUAGAUCAAUAUUUCAUCAAAUAGGAGCCAGUAGGCAUAGAUGACACCAUUUUCGUAAAAUUAUGUCUCUCUCAUCCUUCUCUCUAACGGGAAGUUUCUCUGAACCUAACGGUUCCUUUUCCGUCCCCAGAGUUGGGACUGUUCCUGCGCAAGAGAAGAGCGCAAUUAAGAAGUCUACACAAACAAAGAAAGGAAGUAAAGAUCAUCAGAAGGUAGGAAGCAACAACCCAUCACCAACAGAAGAGAAUCUUAAAGAGAUUGGACAAGGCAGGGGAAGAUCAACAAAGGACAUAAAGAGAAGGGGGAUAUGGAAGCCACCAGACGGAUGGAUAGAUAGAUUCAAAUGUCAGAGAAGGAAGAAGAGAAGAGGAAUAAGAAGGAAACCUGUUGGAUGGUACCCUGGAGGAGUCAGCACCAGUAGAGGGAAGAGGGGCCGCAGUCUUGAACCAAGUGCAGCUGGGAAAGAGGUGAGAAAGCAGAGAAAGGUGAGUAGCAGUCAACAGAGGGGUAAUGAAUACCUUGACAAGAAACAAAGCUACCAACAGAGGGAAGGAAUUAAAUACCAACUACAUGGAAGAGUCUUUAAAGAGGAAGAGAAGGAAAGAAGAAGAGGGCUUACCUCCAAUAGAACUCUCCUACCCAGCAGACUCUGCUUCGGAAAAAACCCAUACAGCUCCCCUGAAAACACCAAACACCAAGUAAGAAAAAGGAAAAAACCAACUCUCAACAUGAAUAUCAACAACAGCAGAGCACCAAGCGGAACAAGAGAGGAAAACAGGCUUACCCCAUCAUCAUCAAGAAGCAGAAGCGAUCGCCCAAUUCUCACUUCCACCGGGGGCCGAGGCAUAUCAAUGAUGCUGGGGAAGAUGCUGACCGAGAACAGGGUGGCGCUGGCUAAGGCAGCAGGAGCGGCUCGCUAUGCCUGGGGUGGAUAUGGUGAGGUAAACGUCCAGCCAACUGACAAACAGAAUCUGUUCAUUUUCACGUUCAAUAAAGAAGAAGUGAGGGAGAAGAUAUGGAAUGACAGACCCUGGAGUCUGUCUAACACUCUUACAGCCAUUGAAAAAUAUAAUGGGAGAGGCAAACCUGAGGAAGUCCCUAUGGAGAAGCUGGCUAUGUGGGUGCAGAUUCAUGGAUUGCACCAGAAUCAAAGAAGCGAGCAAAACAUGGUUGCAAUCGGGACCCAUUAUUUCCCUGGGCUACUGGAUUUGGACAGGGCUAGUCUAGAUUUCGCGGGAUACAGAAAAUUCUUGAGGAUUCUGGUGGAGGUUGAUCUGAACGAGCCAGUGCCAACGGGCUUCGACUUCCCAUUCACCGACGAGAGAACAGGGGUUGAAUACUGCGACGUGAUCGAUUUUAAGUACGAGAGGCUGGUGGAAUUAUGCUACUUCUGUGGAAGAAUAGGCCAUAAUUGGCCAACAUGCUGGAGGAUGAAUGAAGAAAGGAAGAGAAAUGGGACUGCUCACCUGUCGGAGAUAUACAACUCGUCGCUAAAGGCGGGGAUUGACUCCCCACACAGGAGCCAAUCGGCCAAGGUCAGAAGCAGCUGGGAGGGGGAAGGAUCACAAAGCGUGUCUGUUGGGAGGGAGAGGUCGAGAACGGGAAGCCAGAGUCGAGUGGGGGAGGAUGAAGAAUGGUCUCCGGUCGAGGCAGAAAGCAGGACAUCGGAGGGGAAUCAACAAAUCCCUCCUGGGUUCACAGUGAGGAGGAUCGAGCAAGAAAUACAGGGAGGGGAGGGGGCGGAUACACAAGGAAGAUGGAGAGGGAGAUACAGGGAGGAGAUGGGAUCGAAGAAUCUGAUGGUGGAGAUGGAUAGGGCGGCGGCGGCAAUGGAAUUGGGGCUGAGUCUGGAGGACGAGAGGUGUCUCAAUGAAGGAGGAGGGCCACGAUACGCAAUGGUGGAGACCUCACUAACCCUAGGGCCAAGGGUGCAGCAAAAGCCGGCCCAUUACACAUCACAGGCUGGCCCAAUCGGUGAUGCUGAUUACCAGCAUAUCAGUGAGGUAAGGGAAGGAGAUGGGGGCCAGGUGAAAAAGAAAAGAAAGGGGAUGGGCCUGGUGAAUGAAGGAAGGCCCAGGGCCGAAAUAUCUGAAGAAGAGGCUAUGUUUUUUGGGCAAUCAGGAGCCUUUGAGAUGGGUGGAAAUGGUGAGCCCAUUAGGAAGAAAAACCAGAAGUUUAAGCCUCAAAAUCCCAACAUCUCAAAGGGGACUAAUACAGAAGAUGAUCAAGAAGGGAAGGGGAAGAAGAAAAAGGCAGCGGUGGUUCGCCAAAAGCCACCUCUUCAAGAAUGAGUAUCAUUAGCUGGAAUUGUAGGGGUUUUGGCCAAACCCUUACAAGAAGUUAUGCGAAGCGUCUAUGUAGACGUUUGGGCCCUUCGAUUGUGUUCCUCAUGGAAACGAGCAAAAACGAGACAUUCAUGGAGGAACAAAGAAGAAGUCUCAAGAUUUUCCCCAACAAAGAGUAUGUUGAACC